ACCCAAUACAAGACAUGACGGAGACCAGCAACACGUCAUGCAGCAAUAUCACUGAAUUUACCCUGAGCGGUAUACCCAGCCUGGAGAACUAUCAUUUCUGGUUUGGUUUUCUCAUCGCAGUAAUGUAUGUGGUGGCUGUCCUGGGAAAUUCCACUGUUCUGUAUAUCAUUAAGGUGGACCAAGAGCUUCACGAACCCAUGUACAUCUUUCUGUUUCUGCUCGCAAGUGUGGAACUCCUAAUGGCCACCACAGUCAUGCCUCAGAUGUUGGGGGUCUUCUGGUUUCACCAGCAGCAGAUCACCUUCAACCUGUGUCUGACCCAGAUGUUCUUCAUACAUUUUCUAUCUGCCCUGGAGUCCGGGGUACUGGUGGCCAUGGCUGUAGACCGAUAUGUGGCCAUUUGCCACCCUCUUCGAUAUUCUUCCAUCUUAACCUACCGGAACAUUGCAAAGAUCUCCUUGGUCAUAAUAGUAAGAGGGGCAGCUGGGAUGACCCCUCUCCCAUUGCUUAUUAAGAGGCUUUCGGUGUUUCAGAGAAAUACUUUGACACAUUCCUACUGCCUCCACCAAGAGGUCAUGAAGCUGGCCUGUGUGGAUAUAAAGGUCAACGUCAUCUACGGCCUGUUUAUCAUCCUCUAUACCAUGGGAAUCGACGCUGUGUUCAUCUCCAUCUCGUACCUGCUGAUCAUAAAGACGGUGGUGUGUCUGCUGGCCGAGGCCAGUUUGAAGGCCAUCAGUACGUGUGCCGCCCACAUCUGUAUCGUCCUGGUCUACUACAUCCCCCUCAUCGGCCUUUCUGUGGUGCACCGAUAUCCAAAUGUCUCAGUCCCCAACCUUCACAUUUUGUUUGGGAAUAUUUACCUCCUUCUGCCCCCUGUGAUUAACCCCUUAAUUUAUGGCUUCAAAACCAAGCAGAUUCGGAAUAGACUUAGUAAACUGCUCAGUAAAUUGAUAAGUCGAAGUAAGACUUCUUAA